CGUCAUUACGUCACACGCUUCAGCUCCUAGUCUGUCCUCAACCAAACGGAGUCAACACGAUCCGACCCUCCAAGUCCACAACACCCUCCUCGGUUGUGCUGCUGGUUCCCCGGUUUGUCAAAGCUUCUCUCCUCCCUCAGGAACCAGGGGAUGGAGGGAUGAUCCGGACCGACUCCUCUCCGCAGCAUCUGCCUCCUCUCUCUCGUCUUUUUACUCCUCCUCCGCUCGGUCUCCGCGCUCCGCCGGAGCUGAGGCCAGGAUGCGGAGCCCGCUGCUCGGCCGGGCUGCGGUGUUUGCGGCCCUGUUGGUCCUCAGCUCCUGCCUGACAGGGUCUCACAGAUGUCCUGGCAGUUUGGACUGCGCUCGGGCGGGACGACACUUCUGCCGGCCAGGCGGCUCCCGCUGCGGGGCGUGCCUGCACCCUCUGGUGGAGAACAGCGAUGGGCGCUGCGUCAGCAGGAGGAGCCGUGCUCACCACUCUGCUCCUCAUUCUGCUCCUCAUUCUGCUCCUCAUUCUGCUCCUCAUUCAUCUGAGCCUGUUAACGGUGCGGUGAGGACCUACCCUGAGCUAGAUGAGGAGAUCGAUUUCCUGUCGGCCAUCAUCAGUGAGCAAAGGACCGAGUCCAGGAUGCCAGCGCCACUCUCCCAGGACUUUAAGCUCAUCCAGCCAAGCUCCGCGCACAGAGGAUCCCCCACAGAGCAGCCCACCAGCCCCAGCAUCACUCUCAACACCACGACUCCCCCAUCCACCACCAGCCACACUCCUGGUCAGCUCAGAGACCCUCUCAUCGUCGCCUCACCCUCCAAUGACCAUAUCUACAUUAUCAUGAGCAGCGUGUUCAUCGCAGCGGGUUCGCUGGCCAUGGUCAUAGCAGGAGUCUGCUGGGUCAGACUGCAGAAGGGGGUACGGCUAACUCAGAAGGUGGACUAUCCUGCGUAUGGUGUGAUGAAAGCUCAAACCUUUGGCAACUUUCCUGGAGACAAGAAGCUGGCCCAGAGUGCGCAGAUGUACCAUUACCAGCACCAGAAGCAGCAGAUGCUCUCCCUGGAGAAAAGCAGGGACGAGCCCAGGAUUCCUGACUCGGGAGCGUCCACAGACGAGGAGAAUGAGGAUGGAGAUUUCACCGUGUACGAGUGUCCAGGGUUGGCACCAACGGGAGAGAUGGAGGUGAAGAACCCGCUGUUCGACGACUCCAACCUUUAUCUGCAGAGAUUCCACAAGUAGACCUAGAACCUUCAGAUGCAGCACCAUGUGUGUGCUGCUCCCUGGAUUUACACUCACAUUCACCCUGUAGCCGCUGUCCUCAGUCCAGCUCAGCUGGAGAGCAGGACUGACAGAGUGAGGUCCGGUACUGGGAGGAGGAGGAGGAGGAAGGAGGUGCAAAAUGCAAGCGUUGAGUUCUUGUUGGAAGCGCGACUGAAUGUGAGCGCCGUGCUCUGCAGCCUACUUCUGUGCUGUUUCCUUUUUAGUUCAGCGUUAGCUCCAUGUGUGUCGGUUCCAGAAGGAAACUGAUGGACGGUUGAUUUCUUCUUCACCCAUUAGUAAAUGCUCUUCAGUUCUGACUGAUGUUUGGUUUUAUUCGGAGUUUGGUCGUGGUUUUAGAAAGGAGCAGUUUUAUGUUUGCCGAGCACGCCUCCUCUCUGUCAGGAUGCCAUGUACUUCUGUGUUUCGUUCCUCUAUGCAUGAAAGGAUGAUGUAACAAAUAUGCAUCUCUAUUUUUUUCCCUCCAAGUUUGUACCUCAAACUUGCUGCUAAUAUUUAUCCGAUAGAUACGCUGUAUUUAUGUAUAUAACAGACUUCAGAGUCGUUUCUGGAGCAGGAACAUAAGCUGUGUGGGUCUGUGAUCUGUAAAUAACAGCUGAUGUGUCUCUGGCCUCCUGAACGCUGCUGCUUCCUUUAUUUGCAGGGAUGGCCGGCGGUUGUAUCAGCUGUGCCGCCACCAGAGUCCAAACAUGUUUUCGGGAUGUUUCUAGGUUUUAUUUAAAGAUGUUGAAGAUGUUUAAGCAGCAAAGGGAGCCACUGAAUGACACAGCUGCAAGAUAAAUUAGAGACGCACUGAUCAGAUAAUUGUGGUUUUAUUAAAGCUUCCGCCAUCUUUGAUCUGCAUUUAAAAACUAUAGCGAAAAGUGGUUUGAGCUGCAUUUAUAGAAUAUAUUCUUCAGCUAUUCUAUCAGUAGAAAUUAGAAAAAUCUGCAUACAUAUAGUUCUAUCUGAUGGCUUAGAUAAAACUGUAAUAUUUCAAUCCAAGGCUUUGGAUGGUAUGCCGAUGAAAUACAGGCUUUUCCUCUCAUGGUCCCAUUAUUGACAGAAAAGUCUCUCUGACCCAGACCAGCUGGUUCUGCUCCGGUUUUAAGAGACUGAGUGAAUAUUUCAAAAUUGGGUCGGAACUAGAAGCCCUGCAAAUAUGAUGACUGUGGAGGAAUAACAUCACAACACAGAGCGGAGAGAGAUUUUCCAGUAAAACAAACUCAAGUUCCCAGAUUCCCAGUGGCUCCCCAGAGAAGUCAUUGCGUUGGUGGGCUUCCCAUCAUCGACCCAAAUACGCCAGACUGUCAAAAAACUACAACUUCCUGUUUUCUGCCUCUUGGAUUAAAGAAACAAGCUGCCAACUGUGAGGAGACGCUGGGUCAGGAUGGGGGGAACUCCUCACUCCAUCUCCCCAAACUGGACUGAAAUCGCAGCCCAGAACCUGUAAGACCAGUUUAUCCAAAAGGACAGAGAUCCCGGAACAAAGCGGGUCGUCCUUGGAGCAAAGCAAAGAUCAAAUAAUCAGCUGAUCAGGAAGUUUCUGGUCUCGCCUGCUGUUUUUUUCCCUUUAAGCUGGAAGCUAAACUCAUGCCUGCUGGUUGGUCUCCUCCAGAUCGACGGUUCUGUAAAAAAAUAACUGUCUUUGGCCUCCUUUGUUCCCUACAUGUUAAGCUUGCAUGUGCAUAUGUCAGAGCUGUAGUAAAAGAAAUAAAUAUUUAUAAGAUCUUAAGUGAAAA